UGUGCGGUUGCCAUGGAGAGGGCGUCUCUCGGGUCUGGGGCCUGCGGCGGCGCGGAGCGCGCAGGGCCGGGCAGGCCCGUGGGAGCCGGAGAAGCCUGGAGUCUGCCAAGAGGGAGGAGUCGGCCUGCCCUCACACCGGAGAACGGGAUUCACACCGGAUUCUCCUCUCCAUCUCCCCUCCGCUGCCCCCGCUCCCAACACACACGCAAGCAUACAUGCUCCUCUACCCCGCUGCUGGCUCUGCUAUGGAAGUCGUGCAAUAGCCGUCCACUCCGGCUCCUCCUGCUCCUCCUCCAGACUCGGCCCCGGGUGGAGCCAGGACCGAGCCAGAGCCCAGCGAUCGCCCGGAAGGAGAGGGCCAGCCGCCAGCCCAGGGAAUUCCGGCCCGCGGCAGGGCAGAGCUCCCCGCCUCAGGACCAGGGAGCAGCUGAACCUCCCCUUUCCCAGAGGCAUUCCGGAUUGAGGGAAGGAUAAGAGGAAGCAGCCGCCUCAGGAUUGCCAGGCCCCGGACCCUGCGCGGCAGCGGGGAAGGAGUCCACCCCUGGCCACCUAGCCGACCCCGGCUAGCAGCGGGAAUGGGGGCGACCCCCCCGUGCUGGUGAGCGGAGCCGUCCCACGGGGCAGCGUGGGGAGAGGAGCAGGAGCCGGAAGGAGGGAAGGAAGGACACAGCUAUGGGCAGAAGUCUGGGCAGACCUGUUGAUCUUUCACCUUGGAAAGCGGUGGUUGUUCCUGCCGGGACCCUGGCCGAGGUAGCCACCACCAGGUGAUUGGUUGCCUGCCCUGUUGUGCCUAUGCUCGGCCCCCCAACCCUUCUCCUUCCCAAAGCCCAGAGGGAGGCCAGAGCCCUGUUAUCCGGAUAAUUUAGCUUCAGCACCACUCUGACCUGACCUGAGCCAGCCGGACGGGAUUGACAGGCGGGGGAUCCGGGGGAUCCGCUUCCCUCUCCCUCCAACUUCCACCCCAUCUCCGAGCGCCCACCCUCCUCACCCACAGGGUUUGAGGCCUGACCUGUCAGGGAUUCUUUGCUCGGAAGAAGAGGAGCCCGCAGGCCUGCCAAGAGACUUUUGUCACCUCCCUUUCUCAUCCGGCAGGCUCCUGCCCCACUUUUCCCUUUCUCCCCUUCCCUCACCCUAGCCGGGGUUCUCCCGUCCUCCCUCACCAUUUCCCCUCCCGGACAGGGGGCCGUGCGGGCGGGGGCCCCCCCAGAGUGAUGGAGCGGGGCCUCUCCUCUCUGAACCACUCGGCCAAGGAAGUCACCCGGGGCUAAAACCCCCCUGCUGCCGUGCCAGGCAGGGCAAGGCGCUGGGUGCCAUUAGGUAAUGCCCUCCACGGGCUCGGGUGGGCUCUCCCCAUCCCCACGUCGGCCUCUCCGGCCCCAUCAUGGCGGAGCACCUGGAGCUGCUGGCGGAGAUGCCGAUGGUGGGCAGGAUGGGCACCCAGGAGCGGCUGAAACACGCCCAGAAGAGGCGAGCUCAGCAGCUGAAAAAGUGGGCACAGGCCGAGAAGGAGGCCCCCAGCAGGAAGGCCCGUGGGGAGCCCAAGCAGAAGAAGGGCAGCAGGAAGAGGGAAGAGAAGAAAGUGCUCUUCCCACCCAACAUCACCCUGUUGGAAGCAGCCGCCCGCAACGAUCUGGAGGAAGUAUGCCAGUUCCUCCGGAGUGGAGUCAGCCCCAACUUGUACAAUGAGGAUGGCCUCACGGCACUGCAUCAGUGCUGCAUCGAUGACUACGGGGAGAUGGUGAAGCAGUUACUGGAGGCCGGGGCCGACGUCAACGCCCGCGACACCGAGCUGUGGACCCCCCUCCACGCCGCCGCCACCUGCGGCCACCGGCACCUCGUCGACCUUCUCAUCACACAUGGUGCCAACCUCCUGGCAGUGAACACGGAUGGAAACAUGCCCUACGACCUGUGUGAAGAUGACUUGACCCUGGACUCCAUCGAGACGGCCAUGGCCGACCAGGGCAUCACUCAGGACAGUAUCGAGGAGGCUCGGUCGGCCCCGGAGAAGCGCAUGCUGGAGGACAUUCAGAGACUGCUGCAGGCCGGAGCGGAUCUCAGUGCCCCGCAGGACCACGGCGCCACGCUGCUGCACAUCGCCUCAGCCAAUGGCUACUUGGCAGCCUCGGAGCUGCUUUUGGACCACAAGGCCAGUAUGACUGCGAAGGACCAAGAUGGCUGGGAGCCCCUCCAUGCUGCUGCCUGCUGGGGUCAGGUCCACCUGGUGGAGUUGUUGGUGGCGCACGGGGCGGAUCUGAAUGCGAAGUCAGUGCUUGAUGAGACGCCCCUGGACGUGUGUGGGGACGAGGAGGUGCGAGCCAAACUCCUGGAGCUGAAGCACAAGCAGGACGCCAUCCUACGCUCCCACGACCGCCACAAGACCCUGCUUCAACGUCGCACCUCCAGCGCUGGCAGCCGGGGGAAGGUGGUCCGGCGGGUGAGCGUGACGGAGCGCACCACCCUGUACCGCAAGGAGCAUGCCCGGGAGGCUAUCGUGUGGCGGCAGGAGCAGACUGGCGAGGCCCAAGUGGGCGAGGGCGAGCCCGGCGAUGAAGACGAGGAUCGGCAGACUGACGCCGAGCUCCAGCUGCAGAGCGGGGAGGCCUCCCUCGCCCCGGGCAGCCCAGCCGGGGUAGAGUCGGGUACGGUGGGACCGGAUCAGCGGAAUGGCAGCGUGGGAGUGGUCCCGGCGCCUCCCACCCGCCACCUCUACUCCAAAAGACCGGACCGCAGCGUUUCCUACCAGCUGGCCACACACGAUUCCCCGGCGCCCGGGGCCCUCACCCGCAGUAAGGCCCACCACACCCUGGCCGACCUCAAGCGCCAACGCGCAGCCGCCAAGCUGCAGCGCCCGCUGCCCGAGGAGCCCCCUCCUGCCCCGGGCCCCGGCCGGGGCUCCCCUCCCCUCCCCGUCUACUACACGGAGGCCAGCGGGGACCCCCCGUUGCUGAAGCUGACGGCCCCGGCGGAGGAGGCGCCCGCCGAGAAGAAGCCGUGCUGCCGGCUCAUGUGAGCGGGAGAGGGGUGGCUCCCCAGGACGCCCCUGAGCAACAAGUCCACAGCCCCGGCGUGUCGGGGCAUCCCACCCAUCCACUCCAGCCAACCCAAGCCCAGACCCCCCGUCAGGCCCUGUGGAAGCCUCCCCCGGGCUCAGAGUAGGGACACGGAGCUGUCUGGGCACUCCUGGGGGGGGCAGAGGGUCUCCUCAUCCCUUAUCGCCCUCCCCACCUAAGGCAGAGUCAAGCCCAUCCUGAGGGAGGGCUUCUCGGCAGGGAGAAGACGGUCCCUGGAAGGUCGAAUGAUGGGAAAAGGCCCAAUCGCGGAGCAGCCGGACAGAUCCUGGGGACCCAGACCCACCUCUUCUCCAGCCGAGAGGACCCGGGGCAAGGCUGGCGGGGUCAGAAGAGCCUAAACUGGACCCCCCCCCGGCCGCCCCGUCUGCCCUCCCCUCCCAGCCGGAGUCCUCCACUAGAUCCAGGUGGCCUCCGACAGCCUGAUGCCCCAACCCUUCCCGGUUCCAGGGGUCUCCAGGCGA